UAAUGACAUUUAUGAUGUGUGACGUUUGUGGUGUGACACCGUGACGUGUUGAAUCUUACUGUUCUGUGAUUUUGGAUGAGUCCAGAUUAAUAAACAAAUUAUUGCUUUCACACAUUUCAUCAGAUAGUGUUUAAAAACAUUAAAGAAUCUGUAACUGGAAUUUAGAGUUAAAAAAUGGCAAACACGAACACAGAUCUCACUGAAGAAGAUGCCGCAGAUUUGCAAUUUCCCAAAGCCGUCAAUGCAACAGUUGUAUGCCAGGAUUUACAGAUAUGAAUAAGUCUUGUGUGUAUUCUUCAAGUCGUAUUCAUAGUGUUUACCAUCAAAACACAAAACUUCACUUUGUGCUGCUUUUAUUGCGAAUUUCGUAUUAAAAUACAAAGUAUAAUCGUGGUUCAUAUUUGCUAGAUAUGUUUCCGCGUAUCAUAAUAUAUUGCAUAUACAAAGCUGUGUUAAAUAAAUCAGUCUGCAAACUGUUAUAUGUCGUUGGCUUUUUUGAAUGUGAAUUAUUUAAGCUAGUAUUAUUGCAAGCCAGUCUUAAGCCAGAGGUAGGAUUACCAUCUGUUACGCUUUUUUUUGGACCUGCAGAGGAACAGACAAUCCCGAUUCAAGUUACUGUGUGAACUGUUAUAGUGAAGUGACAAACCAAUAUAUACUUUGUAACAAAUGUGAUACCAUCAUUUGCCUUGCCUGUUUCUCUAACGGUGCUGAAUUUGGAGAGCAUAAGAGCAACCACGACUAUAGAAUACUCAGCACAAAGUUUGUCUUAUUCAAAAACAGUGAUUGGACAGCCGAGGAAGAAAUGAAACUUUUAGAUGCAAUUUUGAACUACGGAAAUUGGAAUUUGGUGAGUCAGGAAUUUCCGAAUAGGAGUCUGAGCGAAAUCAUUGAUCACUAUGAUCAUUUUUAUCUGGAUGGUAAUGGUAGCAAAGCUAUGCCAAAAAUGAUGCGGAGAGACUCGGCUGGCUUCAAACAAGUUGUGGUUCCUUACAGGUUAAGGAUAGCCGAUUCUGAGGAACCUCCCAGAUACUUACCGAAUACCAUAGGUCACGAAUGCUUAGCAGGGUACAAUCCGGCACGUUCUGAUUUCGAGAAUGAUUAUGACAAAAAUGCCGAAGAUAUGAUUGCUCAUCUAGAGUAUGUCGGUGAAGACGAUCCUCACUAUGAAAUGUUGACCAAACUCCAAUGUGCAGUAAUAGAGAGUUACAAUAGGAGGUUGAGAGAAAGACAAAGAUGGAAGAAUAUUAUCAGCAAACAUGGCCUGCUGCAAACGAGGAAGAUGAUGGCUUGGUUCCAGAGGUACAAACACACAAUUGAAAAAAAUGUCUGCGAGAAGAUGGUUAGGUUCUUGCAAUUGUGUGAGCCGAUAAGGUUUGACAUGCUCAUGGAGGGGCUUCACAAGGAAGGGGAAUUGAAGCUGCAAAUGUCCAGAUUGAUGUACCUGAGAAGGAAAGGAAUAACAACUCUGGCCGAAGGCAGACUAUUUCUCAAACUGCAGCAAGUCCGUAGUGAGCACCGAAAAUCCCUGAAAGCAUUCAGAUCCAAUAACAUCUUCAAUUGGAAGCAGUCUCGCGAGUCAGCUGUGGACAUCUCGACCGGCUUGAAACAAAGGAAGCAAGUGUUCACGCCGAUCGAAAUCUUGGGGAUGCCCGGAUACUGCAGACUGAACGAGAAAGAAAGAGAACUUUGUAGAAACGUUCGUCUCGUACCAAACGCGUAUUUGCAUUUGAAGGAAAUUUUAGUGUCCGAGUUCAGCAGAAGUGGAUCGGUGAAGCUACAGACGGCUAGAAGGCUGUUGAAAAUAGACGUGAAUAAAACUAGGAAGCUGUACGACUUUAUGAUUGAAGAAGGAUACAUUACCAAACACUGAAAGAUUUUAUGUCAGUUUGGACGUCGUUUUUCAACAGUUUGAGAAUGCAGAAACAUUGCUGAUCUCUGAAGUUCACAUGCUGCUGGAACACAGGAAAGACCAGAAUGAAUCUGCCGAAGAUGAACAAGAAUUUUCUGAGGUGUUUAUGAAAACGUUAACCUACACCGAUAGGUUCAGGAAAUUCAAGAACAAGGAGACCAUAUCUGCAGUGAGAAACCUGCUAAUGCAGAAAAAACUGCACAAGUUUGAGCUAGCGGCAAUAGCAAAUCUCUGCCCCGAAACAGCAGAGGAAGCCAAAUCUCUCAUUCCAUCACUCGAAGGACGAUUUGAAGAUGAAGAAUUACAAGCUCUCUUGGAUGACAUUCAAACAAAAAGAAGUAUUCAAUAUUAACAACUUUCCUGUUUGCUAUUUGUUUUGAUAUUGAUUUUUUAAGAUUUAGGCAGGCUAUGUAAGUUUUACAUUAAAAUUAAGUUCAUUGUGUGUUUA